AUGGAACCGUCUUCCUCACACACUCAAUAUUCUCGAAGCAUUUCCUAUCCUGAAUUCAUUCAUCGAUCUUCCACCCGAAUACCAGUGGUACAAUAUUUCGAAGAACCAUCACAAAUUCAUCAUCAUCACCAUCAUCACCAUCCGAUAUCAUGUUAUCACCGGCCAAUGGAAUGCCUUUGUCAAGGCCUACUAUGUCAACAAUGGAUACCUUCAAAAAAUCAAGCAUGUCCAGAACAGGUGGCAUAUAUGCAACAGCAAUCUACUGAGGUGGCAAAUAGAAAUGUAUCAUCAUCAGUACCACCGGAAUUACUUAGAGAAUUAUUUGUAACUAAUAAUAGUUCUCCAUUAAUUAAUAGUGUCGCUAUUAAUUUCAAGAAAAAGCCAAUCAGUACUCAUAUUAAUUCGGUAUGCUCAAACUGUGGUACCAAAGAAACGACAUUGUGGCGUCGCAGCAGUACAGGAGCUAUAGAGUGCAAUGCAUGUAAUUUGUAUUAUCGUAAGAAUAAUCGAUCAAGGCCAAUAACAAUGUCAAAUAAAAUAAGAAAACGAGUUCGGUUACCGCGUUAUCAUUUCCCAUAA